AUGGCAUAUAAUCCUCCGCCGCUCGAUCGGCGUGGGACGGGAGAGCAUGCGCCCGCGCAUCCAUUUGAGCGCCCAACUCCGAGCUGGGCUUCAGGUUCCGGCUACGUUCCGCCUAGUCAGCGUCCAUCAUAUGGUCAAUCGCCACUACAAGCACUGCAGCGCCAGUCUUCAGCUCCGUCAACGCAGCGAUCAGAUGACAUGGAUCCGGAAGGGGAGGACAGUGAUGUCUCGGUGAGAAGACCAGACCCCUAUCGCCCGUUCAACACCCCGACUGGACCCGCCACCAUACCGCCAGCACCACCAUAUCUUGAGACUCAGACUGCGAUCAACGGACGACUGUCCGAGCUCACUAGGGCAGAAGACGUGAAUUCAGCAAGGUCUCGAGAUCUGCGAGUGAAGCGACAGCGAAUGGACGACAGAAUUAAGGCAAAGCGCGACGCCCAAGAUCGCAAGAUCAAAGCCAUUAUGGAUGCACGACAACGCAGAGAUAAUCGUAUCAGGACGAGGCGCCUUAGAGAAGACACUGAGUUCCAGCGAGUCUUUGAUGACAUUGAACGCGAAGAGGAGGCGCUACGUCGUCGUCUAAAGCGUCUGAAGAGAGGGGUGCCUUUGGAUGAAUCGCCGCAGAUCGGGAAUCGCAGCAUUUCCGCUACUUCUGGGUCGCCUCCGGGACCGACAUAUUCCACAAUUCCGCCGCCAGCGAAGCGGCACCAGUCGAAUCCGCCAGGCCAAAGCGAGGGUCGCCCUUCCCAGAACGGGCCCGCCCCAUCAGCUUCUGCUUCGUCACAAGCUCCCUCGUACUCAUUCUACGGCGGUUCGAAGCAGUCUUCAACACCUCAGAGUGGGUCGAACUAUAGCACGGUCCCUCCAUCCGCGGCAUCGGGUCCAUCCAACAGCACUCCACCUACAACAAAUGAUCGUCUUGCUACGGCUCCGCCAUCCAGGCAGGUCUCCUCGUCUUACGAUACCCGGCCGCCACCUGCUGCGACCUCAGGCUUCGCCACAGUCAACACACCGCCACCAGCGGGCUUUGCUUCAGUCAAUGCACGACCUGCCGCUUCUUCGUUGCCGCCGCACGGUGUUCCUCCUCGCUCCGAAGAUCUCAGCCGGCCCCCAGUAGUUUCGAACCCCUCAGAUCCUGAGAAGCCGGAAAGCAACAGCUCUACACCGGCCACCGGGAAGCGUACCCCCUCCACAACGCAUCCCUAUCAGAUGUCCGAGGCUUUCGCUAAUCGACAUCAUCAUUGCGAAAGAGUUGACGACCUCAAUCGUGGCAUCUGGACAUCUUAUGGUCCAGGAGGUACACAGGAGCAUCCUACAGGCCCGCCAAUCCCGAUGUACCUUCGGUGUAACCAUGACGACUGUCGCAGGAUUGAUUGGCGCACGGUCCAUGGUUUGCAGUGCCACAUUGUCAAAUCUCACGAACAGCCAAAGGGAACUAUCGGCAGCCUUGAGAAAGCACUCGACAAGUAUGGUGUUCCUGUGCGAGAAGUGGAAGAAUAUGAGCGUCAACAUGGCGAUGGCUCAGGUGGAACGAUGGCAGACCCGAAGAACAUGAAGAUUAAGAACAAAACUCGUGAGCUUGAGAUGGGAAGGAAGUCUACACCUGGCAGCUAUGGCGUCGAUUCAGGUGUUCGUCCGGCAGGCUACAAGCCAAGCCCAACAGCAAGCCCAACAUCUGUCCACGCUGUACAGCCGUACAUCCACAACAGCCCGCAGAUCAGACAUGGGCCACCUGACUCGAGCGUGCCUGCUGGUCGAUCUUGGAAUUCUGUCAACAGCGGAAGUUCAUAUAUGCCACCAAGACCAAUCGAUCCCAGCAAGCAGUUGCAAGGUGAUGCGGUCAUGAGAGAUGCGCCGCCAUCGACCGCCUCGACGCCAAAUGCUCCUGCUUCAGCCGUGGCGACCCCUGCGGAAAGAAAGCCGUACGACUUCAGCUCAAGGCCAUACGAGUCGCGAACAAACGUCCUGACUCCUUCCUCGGCGACAUCAAAGUCACCCUCGAUGCAAGCUGCGCCCGCCUGGAGAGUAACGACAGGUCCCAGAGCUAGUCCACAAUCACCGCCCCCUGCUAGACCAUUCUCGAGCAGCUGGGCAUCACGACCAAGCUGGAGCACUGGCAUAGGUGCUGCUGCGAAGACGUCGGCAGAGGCAAGCCCAGGGCCUGCAACCAAGGAUGAAAAGACACUCAACAACGCAGUGACAGACGCGGCGCCGUUAACAACUGGUCUGAUCCCGAGUCAUUUGGUUGUGAAGCCGUCCAGUGUCGCUUCAGAGUCUGUGGGCAAAGCCGCGUCAGAUCAGACAAAAGUGACUGAAGCGUCCAGCACAGCAGCAGGGCUACAAAAGCUCGAGAGCCUGGCUUCAAACAGUACUGCAACGCCUGGAUCAAGUUCACAGGUGGCAACUUCGCGAGCCGAGGACGGUGGCAGAACCAAGGACAACAAUCCGAAACCUGACAAUCCCACGACCAUGGAUCCACCGGCUUCGGCGGCGCCGUCCGGUCUUGCAAACACGGCGACCACCAACGGACCAGCCUCUGGCACACGAUCAGCGCAAUCUCCUUCGAUCAGUAACAAGACUAUAUCAGCGCCCACGAGCGUUCGUCGAACAAGUCGCCGCAGUAGUGUUGUUGCGACAACGGGCUCCGCCGCGACCUCAUCUCUUCCACAGACAGACGUAAUCGCUAGUGCCCUGGCGGGCGGCAACUGGGAAGCUGAUGCCGGCGCUGAAGCCAGCCAGAAAUCCACAGCCGAAUCCGAGGGCGACACGAGCAGUAACGUUAUCGUAGUGGCCCAACCGGAACCGAGGGAUGGCAAGCCACCCACAAAAGGCGAGGGCACUAGCGAAGUGAGCACAAGAACCUCGCCGUCAAAAGGCUCUACUGCGGAAGUUGCAGACAGCAAGGCCUCAGCAGCCAUCAAGGAAAAGGAGAAGAUUGAGCCUAGAACGCCUCCCCCACGACGGGCGGCGAGCGGAAGGGUGACGAGAAAGAGGACGUUUGGAUGA